AUGAAAACUGCCGGUGGUGACACAUUCCAAAUCCUUCUUGAUUGUAUAGAAAGAGGACAGAAUCGCAGCAAUGAAAGUCAGGAGUCUAUUUUCAUGAUUCCUAGUGUGCUUAGAGAUCUUAGCCCAGAUUCAUUUGAGCCUCGGGUAGUCUCUAUAGGGCCGCUACACAGUGAACAUAAAAAUGUGCAAGAAUCAUCAGGACUGAAAGAGUCUUAUCUUCAUGACCUAUUUCAUAGCUUAGAUUCCUCAUAUUCCACGCGAGAGCAAACUUUAAAAGCAUGUCUGCAAAAGGUAAAUACUUCAAUACCCAAAAUCAGGGCAUCAUAUUCUGGUAUGAAAUGUACGGUUAGUGAUGUGGACCUUGCCAAGAUGAUGGUUAUGGAUGGUUGCUUCAUACUUGAAUUCUGCAAUAAAAAUUUCACAAAUGAAAAAAAGUAUUUGCCAAAUGAAAUGCAAAAUGGUUUUAUUGCCAUUGACCUAAUUUUGGUGGAGAAUCAAAUCCCUUUCUUUGUUCUUCAAGAUUUAUUCGACUGCACCAUUAAAAAUUCGUUUCAGAUCCCUUUUACUAGCAUUCUAUAUGAAGUUCUAGCAACCUACAUCCAUCCAUUCGUAAAUCACUUACCAGAUGUUGCCACAGAUUCAACAUAUGAUCAUAUUCUUGGCUUUUUUCACAGAUGUUACAAACUUCCACAAAGUAACCCAUCAGACAACAAUAAACCACCAGUGCAUUCGGUGGUAGAACUCGAUAGGGCAGGGGUGAGCUUUAAGUGUCAUCAAGAUGAAAAAUAUCCAAUGACCAUUCAGUUUAAACUAUCUUGGUUUGUAUGCUUUCCAUUGUCUUGGGGCAAGCCUACUCUUUUUUUGCCAAAACUUGUUAUUGAUGAUUACUGUGAGCCAGUAUUAAGGAAUUUUAUUGCGUAUGAACAAUCUGUACCUCAGGCUCACUAUAACUUUACAUCAUACGCGGUUGCCAUGGAUAAACUAGUUGAUACUCAAGAGGAUGUUGCUAAGUUGGUGGAAUCGAAAGUUCUAGUCAACAGAUUAGGUUCAAAUGAAGAGGCUGCAAAUCUGAUCAACAAAAUAUGUAAAAACAUUUCAGUUGUCGAUUACUGCUACACCCAACAGUUUACACAGUUAGAUAACUAUUACAACGGCUACUGGCCCAAAAAUAUAGCAAGGUUAAGAGGUACAUAUUUCAAUAGUCCAUGGAAUGCCGUUGCUCUAAUUGCUGGAAUCAUCUUGUUUUCUCUUACCAUUGUUCAAACUGUCUUUUCCAUCCUGCAGGUCGUGUAA